AUGUCCCUUGCAAAACAACAAUUAAACGGAGUUCAUGAGCAGGGUCGCUUCUCGCUUUCUGAACAAUCCCUUGGAGUUACCACUAUCGCAAUGCUCUGUUUCACUUCUUAUCCCCAAAACAAAUUAACCACCGCAAGAACUUCAGGCCAGCUUGUGCAAAUUUUUAUCGACAAAUCAAACGUUGACGUACACCUAGAUUGCAUGGUGAUGCGUGCAUUAUUACAGAAUUCAGGAAUGAAAGUAUUAUUUGUUCGUAUUUCGGGCACAUGA